AUGCAAGAGGAGAAGGUAAUCGUCGGUGUCGCCUCCACCGGUGCCCUAUUGGCGGUAAUCACCUAUUUAUUGAUCGUACAACAACUCUACGAUACGAUUCACAGCACCCACGAUGAAAUUAUCGACAGUGUUGCCGUUUUUCGUGUCGAGACCGACUCGGCUUGGACGGAGAUUAUGGGCAUUCAAGGUGUGAUGCUGCCGAAGAAUAAGCCAUUGGAAAAUCCAUUCCAAUCAGUUUUUCGUAAGAAAAGGCAGAACAAUGGAUAUCCUGCAUGGUGUCAUUGUGAGCCAGUGAAGCUGCGAUGCCCUCCGGGUCCGCCAGGACCACCAGGUUGCGCCGGUGCGCCGGGUGAACCAGGACCGCCAGGAGAGCCCGGCUGCGAUAUCACGAGUACCUAUGCUCCUAUCAUCUGUCCAGCGGCUCCUACUGAUUGCGUCAAAUGCCCUCCUGGACCGCAGGGCCCUGCGGGUAAACCAGGAUGCCCUGGAAAACGAGGACCUGACGGUAAACCCGGACCACAAGGUCCUCCAGGUCAACCGGGUCUCCCAGGACCUUGUGGUCCUAAAGGGGAUGCUGGAAUACCUGGAGCACGAGGAGAGCCUGGCAAACCUGGUCAACCAGGUGAGCCUGGGACGAAGGCAUGUGGAGGUAAACCGGGUCCACAAGGACCGCCAGGUCCAUGUGGCGCUCCUGGUAAAGAAGGAGCGCCGGGACACCCGGGAGCUCCAGGUCCAUGUGGGCCACCAGGAAAACAAGGAGAAUGUGGACCGCCCGGACCACCUGGUCCUGUUGGAAAAUCGGGAGGUUGUGGUGGACGCGGUGGGCCUGGCCGAGAUGCCGCCUACUGUCCUUGUCCUCCGCGAACGUUCACCUACCUUCUUCGUCGACACGCUCUGUAG